CCGUCCUUCUGCAUGGUUCACCCAUAUGGAAGCCCAGUUUGUUCUAAGGCAUAUUCAUUCGCAAGAAACCGAGGUCAACCUUGUUAUUGUGAGCCUCCUCGAAAACAUCAUGGAGGAAGUUUCUGACGUUCUUAGUGAUCCCUCUCUAAACAUGUACGAUCGUCUCAAAUUUGUGCUGAUUAAUAGAGUUGCAUUAACAGAUCAACGGAAAGAGCAAAACCUCUUUUGUGAUAUUCAUCUUGGCAACCAUAAGUUACUCAAAUGCUACGGCAAAUGAAACCGCUGGUUGCUUAUUUCAAGGUCAGUGACACCCACUAAAUUAGGUUUGGCUGCAACGAUCGCUUCAGUCAGUCCAGGGUAUUUCAGCUCCAUCUCACA